AUGCCCCCGAAGGGCAGCGGGGCGAGAUGUCGCAUCAAUGUGGACAAGGCGGAGCGAGGCGGAACCGUGAUUUUUCAAGUGCGGUUGCGUGCUGCGGGCGUGCCCGCUGUCAAAGGCCCGCCGCGCGAGAACCUUGCAGCGGCCGCGGCAGAUAAGGCUCGCCUCCUGCGGACCCCCGGGGCGGGUUGCCUCCGGGGCCCGACGCCGCGGACAGCGGGGGGCCGACGGGACCUCGCGGCCGCGACGUUCCGUGACGUGUUGACCUGGCGCGAUGACCACGGCCGCUGGCCGCGGCGCUGCACGUCCCAGAAGGGGCCCGAGGCAGUCCUGGCGCAGAGAUGGCACAGGUGGGGGAAGUCGACGAAGCUCACGCCUGCGGCCCAGGUCCUGAAGGAACGCAUCGACGCGCUGGUGCAGGCCGAGCGGGAGUCGAGGCUGGAGGAUGAGCGUGCCGAGGGCGCAGAGCAGGCACUGCUGAUGCUGCACCAGCACUGGUGCGAGGGGAACGGCGUCCACGACGAGGACCGUUGGAGGCAUCCCGCCCUGCAUCGGUCGCGCGGCGGCCAGCACCCAUACCCGGGCCUCUCGAACCUGUGCAACACCUGCUACCUCAACGCGCCCUUGCAGUGCCUCCUCCACUGCCCCGCCGCGCGCGCCGCGCUCCUGGGGGCGGAGGGCCAGGGCGAGCCGCUGGUCGUGCAGGACGCGGGGGGAGACGACUGGCGCGUCGACAGGGAGCUGCGCGCCCUGGCGACCGCCUGCGUGCGCGGGGCGCCGCCGAGCCUGGCGGAGGGCGACGGCGGCGCCGCGCCAGCGCCGGCCCGCGUGGACCGCUGGUCCCCGCACGCCUUCGUGGACGCGUUCCUCGCGAAGCACUGGGUGGACUUCAAGCUGGGGAGGUACGCGGACGCGAGUGAGGCGCUGUCGUUCAUCCUGGAAGACGCGCCUGGUCUCGCCAGCCUCUUCCAGACCGGAUGCGACGAGGAGGCCAUGAUGAGGCUCCCGGCAUUCGUGGACGGGGCAGACGACGGCGACGACGCCCUGUCGCCGCAGGACUUCUUCCUCGACGGGGGCGCGCAGCGACUGGACGUGCGAGAGCUGCUCCGCCGCGGCGCCUCCAUGGGCGGGCGACUGCGAUCGAAGCCCGAGUUGCUGGCGGUCCACGUGCCCCAGAGGUGGGAGCGGGGCGACGGCGCGGCGCUCUUCCUCGGCGGCUGCGACAUCGCGCCCUGCUGGGGCGACCUCCCGGAGGGAUCGGAAGCCGUCCCAUCCCACGUCCUGAAUGACCCCCAGGGCCACUUCGUGGCUCACUUCGAGGAGGACGGGAGCUGGUACACUGCAGACGACCUGGGCGAUCGGCCGCACGUGGUCCAGUGGGCGCCUGGCACCGAGCACAAGAUACCUUGCAUGAUCUUCCUUGAGAAGGUGGGCUCCAGGGCGGCCCGCGCCGAGGCGUGCCCGUGGCCGCCCGGGCCGGUCGUCGACGGCGCGGAGGGCGCGGGCGGCGACGGCGACGGCGACGCGGACGGCGAGGACAGCCCCAGCCUCGACGGGGAGUGCGACGAGGAGGAGGGCGGGGCCGGCGACGCCGGCGUGCCGGGCGCGCGGAAGCGGCCCGCGGCGUCCACGAGGAGCGGCACCCCUGCCAAGAAGCGGCUCCGCCUCCGAGGGAAACAGAGCGCUGCUGGACGGCGGCAGAGCCGCGCUGGGAGGCAGCAGAGCCGCGCUGGGAGGCAGCAGCAGCAGAGCCGCGCCGGGAGGCAGCAGAGCCGCGCUGGGAGGCAGCAGCAGCAGAGCCGCGCUGGGGGGCAGCAGCAGCAGAGCCGCGCUGGGAGGCAGCAGGCCAGGGAGGAUCAGAAGCGCUGUUGCAGGCCGGAGGAGGUACUGCGACAGGGGCGGAAGCCGAAGAGCAAGGGCGACAACGCCGACGGAUCCAGACAGGACGCCCAGAACAACGCCGCCGCCCCUGUCCUCCGCAGCAGCAGGGAGGCGAAGAGCUUGCAGACCGCCAGCGAGGAGCGCCGGUUGUGUGGGGAUCUCUUCCUGCUCCUGCACCUGCUGGAGCCGCUGGUCGCUGCCGAUGACCUGCUGAAGCAUUACCCUGACUUCUUCGUCUACGCGGGCGACGACUGCACCCGCCGAUGGGCGACGUUCCUGCAGGCACCCGAACGACCCGACAAGUUGGCCGGCAGACUGCGGGAGGCGCUCGGGGUCACGGAGAACGAGAUUUCCGACGCCAAGCGCCGACUGGAGAGCGGGGAGUGGCACGUGCACCGCGUCGCGGAGCUCCUGGACGAGCGCCUGGGCUCCGCCCACGGCGCCCACUCCGUGGCGGCCGCGGCCCGCCUGGCGGCGAGCGACGCGUCGGCCGCGCUGGGCGACGGCAACCCGCUGAGGGCGCACCUGGCGGAGGCGUGGCAGCGCAGACCCUGCAACCGUGGCCCGCCCCGGCACUCGGCCAUGCCUGCGCGCCUUCGAGAUCGCUCUGGGUGGUUCCAGUGCCCCGCGCCCGCCCUGCAGUAUGCGCGUCGCAUGUGCGAGGCCGAGUUCCCCAACAGGGAGGCGUUCAAGGCGCACCAGAGCAGGGUCCACGGAGGGCAGCGAUGGUACCAGUCGCAGUACGUGGCGCGGUGCGAGCUGGAGCCCUACCGGCCGUCGCCGACCGAGGAGCGCCAGGCAUCGAGAGCGCUGGGGGUCGGGCGGCGCUCCUCGCCCUCGCUGUGGGUGGUUGCCCGGUUCCACAUCUCCCAGUGCUGCCCCACCGUCGAUCCCGUCGACGAGCCGUUCGUCCCGAAGCUCGACUCGGAGAUGCAGAAGCAGCUCCUCCACGCGGAGAUCGUCGGCAGGAUCGCCGGCAAGAUCGGGCUGGCCCCACCCGCGGAGAGGGUUUCCCGGCAGGCGGCCGACGCGGCGGAGUCGGCGGCCCGCGCUCAGGCGGCGUGCCAGGCGAGGGAGCCCCGCGCUUUCCAGGCCUGCGUCUGCUGCGCCAUGCAGCAGUGGUCCGAGAACCUCCGCUCGGAGUACCUCGUCGGCGACAAGUGCACCAUAAAGGACCGGGCCCAGUUCGCGGACUGCCUGUCGGCCGAAUGGUAUCACCAACGAUGGCCCCUCAUACCGCGCGACGAGCUGAUGUCGUCGGCCGUGGACUUUCCCCACGACGACUGCGAGGGCUCGCCGACGUCGACGAAGAUACUCUUGCACAAAAGGCGCGUGCCGCCCGAGGCGCUCGAAGGGAAGGUGCCGGUGAAAGUGUGCGAGGAUUGCCGGAGAGACCUGUGGUCUGAUCACCCCAAGGUGCCGCUCAUGGCGCUGGUGAACGACCUCUGGUUGGGCCGCCACCACCCGCUGCUCAGGAAGGCCGCUCUCGCGCGCCAGUUGCUGCUCGCGCUCGGCUGCGUCGUGUCCACGAAGAUCUACCUGUCCAGCAAGGGCGCCGACAAGGCCGUCAGGCAGGAGCAGCAGUCGUGGAGGCAGAAGUUCUUGCAGCACGCCAUGCAGGGCACCGCCAUCGUGUUCGGGAACGGGAACGUGGACCACGCGACGCGGAGCUUCCCGCCGGAGCCCGACAUGCUCAGGGACACGUUCGUGGCCGUUUUCGCGGGCGCCGACGACGACGAGGACGGCGUCCCCCUGACCGAGGAGCAGAAGCAGGAGAGGGCCCUGAGAGCCAUGAGGGAGGAGGUGGCGCUGCACGUCGACAAGGCGGAGUACGACGCCCAGGCGCGGUUGUUGAAGCAGCACAACUACGUGUACAAUGACCCGGGCGUGCAGUGCCGAUCGGACCUCGUGGACCGGUUCCCCCCGCAGCUGGGCGUGCCCGACUUCAUGCUGGCCUGCGCGAAGUAUGUUCCCACGGACGCGGCGUUGGACGACGUCGCGCAGGCGCAGGGUCCCGCGUCGGCCACCACCGGUGCGCAGGCAGAGAUGAGCGCGGCCGCCGAGGACGCGCAGGAACUCACCAAGUGGCUGUCCGUCCUUGAGGACCACAUGGACGACGUCAGCGAGCUCACGUCCUUGCCGGCGCUCCAGGGCAUGCUCGAGAGGAUGGAGAGUCAGGCGGGGCGCGUGGUGGCCAACGAGCUGAUGUCCAGACUCGAGGACCAGGGAGGCGAGGAUAGGGCGCUGCAACUGGACGAGAUCGGGCGUCACCGCCUGCGAGACCUCUGCCAGGAGUUCCACGCGCGCUGUCGGAAGAUCUCCCCCGGGGAGGGCAUGGCGAAGCUGCACUGGCGCGUCCAGGCGCUGGCGACCAACGACUGCCAGGCGGAGGAGGGCGCGGGCGACCUGGCGCGAUCUGCAGAAGUCGCAGGGACUCCCGCCGAGGACGAUCCGCGCUCCUUGCAGGGGCCGCCCGGCUCAGACGGCCAGCGAAAGGCGAGGCUUCGGGUGCCCACUUCGAGGAAGGCGGAGAGCUGGUGGAAUCCGAAGUACUGGUCGAUUGCCAGGCCCACGGACUUCUGCUACGGGGACUGCGCCUGGGGCCUCGGCCAGCUCCCCCCGGACGGAGACGAGGACCCGCAGAAGCAGAAGGAGGCUCGGCUCUGCUUCAGCGUGGCGCACUUCAUCAAUAAUCUUCUCACGCGGGAGGAGAUGGAGUAUGACGUGCCUGCCGACGAGGAGAAGUACGUGGCCAGACCCAUCAGUCGUUUCCGGAGCUGCUGGUACGACGUGCGCCUGCUGUGCUCCUUCUGGAGAGUCACGGAGACGACCAACAGCACCUACACGUUCAUGAAGACGCCCGGGGCGUUCGGGGCCGCUCGCGCCUGCGCGGACAUCACGCCGGAGAUGAUCGAGCAGGUGCAGCUCAGGGCGCAGCAGACGGGCGGGAAGGCCACGCUGCACGGCAUCCUCAAGGACAAGGACACCCCGAACGAGGUGCGGAAGGCCUUCGCCACCCUGGGCCAGGCCACUGCCAGUCAAGUCGGGUCCGACGGACACAGGCGGGAGCUGCGCGGAGAGGGCGAGGCGUGCACCCUGCGCUUCGGCCCGCCCGUCCAGUUCGUCACCCCGAACCUGGCAAACACCAAGCAGCCCCUGAUCCUCAUCGUGCAGGGGGAGGAGUACACCUUCGACAACGACCUGACUGAGGCGGAGCAAGUCACGUUCAGCGAGAUGUCGCAGCGCAUCGCUGCGGACCCCGUGGGCCAGGCCGUAGUGUUCGAGCUGAUGAUGAGGCUGUUCUUCGUCCACGUCCUCGGCCUGCGCCCGGAGACCGUCGGGUGGCGGCGAGGGGAAGUUCGAAAAGCUUCGGAGCACUGGAUCUCCGACGGCGUGGCGGCCGACCUCAUGGGCGUGCCCACGGUGUUCGGCCCCCUCGCGGCGGCUUUCGGUCCGGUCGAGGCUCAGGGCCGCGGCUCGCUGCACCCGCACAUCCUCAUCUGGCUGCUGCAGGGUCAGCUGCGCGUGCUCUUGGACAUGCUGCAGCGCGACGAGGCGCGCUUCCAGGAGCGCUUGAACCUGUGGAUGCGGCAGGUGGUGCAGGCCGUGGUCGCCACUCAGCAGAGCGCCGUGGAGCUGCUGCCCCUGCAGCUGCAGGGGGGCGAGAACAAGUGCGGGGUCGAGGUGCCGCCGCUGCCGUUCGGGCCCAACGAGAAGCGGUACUUCAGAGCCGACGGGGGCGCGGAGAUGGCGACUGCAGAGCAGCUCGGGGACGGAGGCGAGACGGAGCCGCAGGAGCUGUGGUUCUACGAGCCCAAGGUAGACGACUACCACAGGGCGAUUCGCCCCGAUCUGCCGCUGCGCAACAACGGCGGCGAGAUCGUGGACGACGUUGCGGCGUGGACAGAGCAGAGGGCCGCGGAGAACAAGGGGUACUGGCGGCGGCCGCUCUCCAGCAGCGCCUCCGGCAUCUUCCCGAGGUAUCGCGGCGGGGGCACCCUGGCGGAGUCUCUCCCGAGCGAGGAGUGGAUUCGCGAGAUGUGCCGCGACGUGCGCGAGCUCGUCAUCGGCUGCGGCAUCCACGUCUGCAGCCCCUCCUGCUACAAGUACCAUUCCGACAGGACGCGCGGCUCGCAGAUCUGCCGCCACAACUUCUACAACCUGGUGACAUUGUGCACGUGGACCGAGGGUGAGGACUCCCGAGAGUGCCGACUCCGCACGCGCGGGAAGGCGCUGCGCGGCUGCAUCGGCAUAUUCCGGGAGACGGACUACGGCAUGGCCGGACGCAUCGUCAGCUUCCAGCUCCACCCCGGGGAGACCUCCACGAAGUACGCGGCGCUCGUCGCGGCGCGGUGCAACGUGGACGUGCAAGACAUGAGACGGGUGCUGCCCCCGCGCCUGUGGAUGGAUGCGUCGGAGCUGGAACCGCCGGCGAACGAGGAGGACCGCAAGAGCUACAACCAUGGCCUCUACCCUCAGCGCUACGCCGACUUCUCGGUGGGCGCCCGGGAGGACUGGGGAUGGUUCCAGCAUCUGAACACCACGCCCGCGGAGAAGUGGGACCUCGUCGUAGUCACCGACUGGCACGGGAUCUACAGGACACUCGCGAACCGCGACAGCCCCGCCGUGGACGGUGGCGACGCUGCGCGCGCCGAUCUCCAGUGCGACCUGGAGCGGCACGCGCUGGCCACCUUCGUGGACGCCCACAACACGAGCUACUACGUCAACUCGUACACCACGAAGGUGAACCCCAGCAUGGACGACGUGCUGUGCAAGCUCCUCGACGGCGUGCGCCGCCUGAAGAGCCAGUGGGACGACGGGGAGGCGCAGGCCGCGGGCGACGCCGGCGACGAGGCCCAGUCGACCGCCGCAGGAAAGCGCAAGGAGGAUUUCAAGCGCACGCUGCAGGUGCUGGCCCGCUUCGAGACCUGCUUCCGCAGGGCCUCCUGGAAGAGCGGCAGCGAGAUGGUCUUCCCCAUGCUCUUCGGGCACCUCUCCUUCAUGACGCACCGUUGCUGGAAGGUGUUCAUGCGGAAAUCCAUCGACCUCGCCGCGGAGUCCUGGCGCGGGCGGUGCGGCCAGGCCGACGCCGCGGAACGCGCGCCCGCCGCCUCGAUCACGUACGCGGUCCCCGGCACUGGACAGCAGGUCGCGAUGCCGGGGUGGCGCGAGGUGCAGCGCGAGGGCGAGACGGUGUACGUCAGCCCCGACGGCGAGGAGUUCGACACGAUCGAGUACGCGCACCAGGCGUUCCAGAUCGCGAACGCCAGCGGCGGCUCGCUGCGCGACGUUACGAAGGCGUUGAACAGGAUGCGGGAAGGCGAGGCCGAAGAGGUGCCCGAGGCACCGGCGCCGACUGUCGAGGGCCUCGCGCAGGGCAAGUUCAGGGGCGCAGUGCUGAGCCAGCGCGACGACUGGAUGCACCGCGGAGACCACCCUAUUGUCCGAGACAUGAGCUUGUACGUCUACAGCAUCUGGGUGUACCGCGUGGAACUGCCGCUGCAUGCCCUUCCGGCCGGGGAGCUGGAUCCCGGGGGCAGCGGGGGUCGCACCCUGCACGUCGACAUCGCCUUCGACUCCUCCUACUCGGCGGCGCGGAACUGGACUCAGAGGCUGGCCGUCGAGCCGCGCAUCCCGAAGGCCGAAGGCUUCCAGUUCGUGAGCGCGGAGUCGAACGUGGAGACGCACUACCUCAUGAAGUCGGUGCUGCUCCGGCCAGUGCACCUGCCGGACGCCGACGGUCCCAACGACACGAAGGAGCUGCGCUACCUCCGCGCGUACGAGCGCCUGUGCGCGGCGCCGGAGGGCGAGCCCGAGUGGCCGGCGCAGCCG